CCCGGCCCCAGGCUCGCUGCAGCUCCGCGCGGACUCUCCGGCCCCGCCGAGGUGGCUGCAAACUCGCGGGCACGCACGGGCUCGGGGAGCCGAGGGACUCGGGGGAGGGGACGCGCGCGGAAGGCGCCAGCCUCCUUUCUCCCGCCCCUCGCUGCCGCGAGCUGAGGUCGGAGGAACCCGCGGCCCCGGCCGGGCAGAGCCGUGCAGCGGCCGCUUCCCUUUUCUCCCCCAGAGCCCUGGAGCGCCUCGGGGACCGGCCCUAAAAAGAGCAGGAAAUCUUGUUUACCGCUCGGGGAGAGGAACCGAUCGAGCCUUUGUCUGGAAAGUCAGCAUCUCCGGCUCCGGCUGCAAUGUGUUCCUGGUGACAUUAGCAUCGGGCAGACGCCGGAGAAGGGGGGUCGCCAGGUUCAUGUCUGGUUUCAGAGGCGAAUCAGGCGGGUGACUUUUGUGCAUUUGUUUUAAUUUUGGGAAAUCUCUCUUUUUUUCCUCCUCGCCGGUCGCCGGGCAUGUUCUGAUCUGGCGGCAGCUCCGACCGCCCCGGGCUGCCGAGGAGAGCGGUUUCCAGCGGGUCUCCCUUCCUCCCUGACUUUGUAACACCGCGUUCUGGGAGGACAGACCUCUGCGAGGAAGGAGGCGGGGGAGUCGCGAGCAGCCGGACCCAAACCUUGACAUGUUCUCGGGCGGAGAGGAAGAAGCCAGGAGCUGAGCACACCGCCGCGGCGGCUUCGCCGGCCGGCUCCGAGCGCAGGGCUCCGGGCGCCCUGCCCUGCGCCUGGGCGGCAGGCUCGUUGGUCUGGGGGGCGCCCCCGCUCCCGCCCCGGGGGUCCGCGGCCGGCAGGACCAUGCUGCUGAAAGAGUACCGGAUCUGCAUGCCACUCACCGUGGACGAGUACAAAAUCGGUCAGCUCUACAUGAUCAGCAAACACAGCCAUGAACAGAGUGACAGAGGAGAAGGGGUGGAGGUUGUCCAGAACGAGCCCUUUGAGGAUCCUCACCAUGGCAACGGGCAGUUCACCGAGAAGCGGGUGUAUCUCAACAGCAAACUGCCUAGUUGGGCUCGAGCUGUUGUUCCCAAAAUUUUCUAUGUUACAGAGAAGGCUUGGAACUAUUAUCCCUACACAAUCACAGAAUACACAUGUUCCUUUCUGCCGAAAUUCUCCAUUCACAUAGAAACCAAGUACGAGGACAACAAAGGAAGCAACGACAGCAUUUUUGACAAUGAAGCCAAAGACCUAGAGAGAGAAGUUUGCUUUAUUGAUAUUGCCUGCGAUGAAAUUCCAGAACGUUACUACAAAGAGUCUGAGGAUCCUAAACACUUCAAGUCAGAGAAGACAGGAAGGGGACAGUUAAGGGAAGGCUGGAGAGAUAGUCAUCAGCCCAUCAUGUGUUCCUACAAGCUGGUGACCGUGAAGUUCGAGGUCUGGGGGCUUCAGACCAGAGUGGAACAAUUUGUACACAAGGUGGUCCGAGAUAUUCUGCUGAUUGGACAUAGACAGGCUUUUGCAUGGGUUGAUGAGUGGUAUGAUAUGACAAUGGAUGAUGUUCGAGAAUACGAGAAAAACAUGCAUGAACAAACCAACAUAAAAGUUUGCAAUCAGCAUUCCUCCACUGUGGAUGACAUAGAGAGCCAGGCCCAAACAAGUACAUGACAAUGGAUGAAGUCAGAGAAUUUGAACGAGCCACUCAGGAAGCCACCAACAAAAAAAUUGGCGUUUUCCCACCUGCAAUUUCUAUCUCAAGCAUCCCCCUGCUGCCUGCUUCAGUCCGCAGUGCCCCUUCCAGUGCCCCAUCCACGCC